ACCGAGAGUGGGCGUGUUUACGGCGACGACGUGGGUUCGUCUAUGUGCCACAAUUAUAACAAUUUUAAUCUGGUGGCAAAAAAAGUUUGAACUUAUUUUAAUUAUUUCAUCGCCGUAAUUCUGCUAGAAUGACUUAAUGCAUUGAAAAUUGAUUUAAUUCAUCACGUUCAUGAUUUUAAGAAUGUGAGAGGAAGGAUCAACUGGAAGAUAACUAAUUUCCCGCAAGCGUAUACGGGGUAAUUUCGUCUAGUUUCGAAUUUUAAGCGCGUUUCGUGUGGCCACUUGGACCUCGUGGAUUUCGCGCUUCGUUUGCUCGGUGCGGUUCCAUGCAAUCGUGCCGAGUGUCGCUUGCCGUAGCUGCCUGUGCUGCUGUUCGACGCUUCGGCGCUACUGGUGAUGAGGAAAAGAAAAUGGCGGCGGGAAAAGCGAGUGAGAACGAGGAAGACUUUCCUAGGCUGACAGCGCAGGAGAGGGACAGUUUAGCUGGAAUUGACAGCUCACUGUUUGGAUUUCUGAGGCUUCAUGAAGAUGGCGCCAGAACGAAGGCCUUGCUUUUAAAGGCUGUUCGCGGAUAUGAAUCUCUGGUGCUGAAAGCUGAAGGAAAAGUCGACCCAGAAUUAUUCUGCCAGCUCGGUCAUUUUAAUCUUCUGUUGGAGGAUUACCCAAAAUCAUUAUCAGCAUACCAGAGGUACUACAGUUUACAGACAGACUACUGGAAGAAUGCAGCCUUUUUAUAUGGAAUUGGUAUGGUGUACUUCCAUUACUGUGCUUUUCAGUGGGGGAUUAAAGUAUUUCAGGAGGUGCUGUACAUUGAUCCCAGUUUCUCUCGAGCCAAGGAGAUUCACAUGCGUCUUGGGCUAAUGUUUAAGGUGAACACAGACUACGAGUCAAGCUUAAAGCACUUUCAGCUGGCUUUGAUCGACUCAAACCAAUGCACAUUAUCCAAGGCUGAAAUUCAGUUUCACAUUGCCCAUUUGUAUGAAAUACAGAAAAGAUACCGGGCAGCAAAGGAGGCUUAUGAAAGUCUCUUGCAAACAGAGAAUCUUCCUACCCAGGUGAAAGCAGCUACUUUACAACAGCUUGGCUGGAUGCAUCAUACAGUGGAACAGCUAGGAGACAGAGCCAAUAAAGACAGCUAUGCUAUUGAAUGUCUGCAGAAAUCUCUUGAAGCUGACCCCAACUCUGGCCAGUCCUGGUAUUUUCUUGGAAGGUGCUUCUCAAGUAUUGGGAAAGUGCAAGAUGCAUUUGUUUCUUACCGGCAGUCCAUAGACAAAUCUGAGGCCAGUGCAGACACUUGGUGCUCCAUUGGGGUGCUGUAUCAGCAGCAGAAUCAGCCAAUGGAUGCUCUUCAGGCGUAUAUCUGUGCUGUGCAGUUGGACCACAGUCAUGCUGCAGCCUGGAUGGACCUGGGCACUCUCUAUGAGUCUUGCUAUCAGCCCCAAGAUGCCAUCAAGUGCUAUAUCAACGCCACACGCAGCAAAGGCUGCAGCAACAUUGCAGCAAUCACUGCCCGCAUCAAAUAUUUGCAGGCUCAGUUGUGUAACCUUCAUCACACUAGUCUACAAAGUAAAAGUAAAAUGCUUCCUAGUAUUGAGGAAGCAUGGAGCCUCCCAAUCCCAGCAGAGCUUACCUCAAGACAGGGCGUCCAGAUCACAGCUCAGCAGGUAAGUAAACCCCACCUCACUGCAAGAGGGCUUCUAAUAGAGGCAAAUGGGCAGUCCCUCCACCCCCAUGUCAGUCCUCUUGGCCAAGAAGAUGAACAGUCAAUCCCUGCUAAGAAGAAGAGGACUUCCAGUCCUGCUAAGAGUUUUGCAGAGUGGGUGAAUAAUCCAGCCAAGCAACAAACUCCAAACUUGCACCUAUCAACACAGAAACUACAGUUUUUGGAGCAGCUGCGGGUUAACAGGGCAAGUCUGAAGCCAGUGCAGUUGCAGAUGUUGGAACAGCUCGAAGCGCAGUUGUCAGCAAUGCAGUUGCACCAGCAACAGAUGGGACAGAAUGCAGCUGGGCAGAUGCAGCCCCCACUCUCCAAUGGCCCCACACCUGCUCCUUCACUGUCCCAAUCCUGCAGCCCUGUACAUCGCCACCCCUGCACUUCUCAGCCACUGGCCAAUGGGCCAAUCCCUACUAGCCCCCAGCCCCACUCAGUUGGCAAUAAUCACACACCACGACCAGGAACCAAUGGAGACGUGCCUUACCUGCACUCAAUUGUACUACCUCACAACUGCACAAGCCUGGGUGAUGCGUGGAACAGCCAGCAUCGUAAUACCACUCAGGGGCUUCAAAAAUGCCCAGGUUCUCAUUGGGCAGGUCCCAAUGACGAAAUGGCAAACACUUCCAUUGGCUGGGCUGAUGGUGGACCUCACUAUCAGGGUGGACAUACCACUACGAUCCCUAGCAACUGUUCUGAGCCAGCUGUUAAUCACCUGCCCACUCAGCCCCCCUCCUCUGCUUCUUUAUUAACUGCUUCCAUGCACACAGCUACCUCAGGCAUUCCCCUGACCAAAGAGAGCGAGCAUGUGCAAGGCAGCUGUGCCACUACACCCAACCACCGCAUCUCUAGGCACACAGCUGGAUCGCCAGCUACCCUCACCUCAGGCAAUCCAAAAAUCUGUGCUCCAGUGGGGGUCAAGGAGAGCCUGGCAGCAGGCUCCAUUCUUAACCAGUCAUCUUCACCCUGCACCAAUGAGCCCACAGGUAGCUUUACUAAGCCUGACUCAGCUGCAGUAAAUGGCAGUGCAAAAUGGGCAUGUUCUGAGGAUUCUCAGAGCCCACUUAAGAUUGAGCCGUCCGAAGCAUGUCCCAAACCUGGCCCACUCCUCAGAGGUGUGCACUCAUCUUCCACAGUAUCUAUCUAUCCAACAACUUCAGACAUCCUCCAAGCAUGCAGCAGAUUCCUUGGAAAGAAUGGUCUUUCAAGCAACUGCAGCCUGCUGGACAAGUGCCCUCCACCGCGCCUUCCUCCACCUCCAUCACCUCCUCUGCCAAAGGACAAGCUCAACCCCCCUACACCCAGUAUUUACUUGGAGAAUAAGAGAGAUGCAUUCUUUCCCCCACUGCACCAGUUCUGCACCAAUCCAUCUAACCCAGUCACUGUUAUCCGUGGCUUGGCAGGAGCUCUCAAACUAGACUUAGGUCUGUUUUCUACUAAGACUUUAGUGGAGGCGAACCCAGAGCACCUGGUGGCGGUACGGACACAGCUGUGUCAGCCAGCUGAUGAAAACUGGGAUGCCACCGGCACCAAAAAGCAGUGGCGAUGUGAGGACACCCAGUCCCUUACAACCAUUGCCAAGUAUGCCCAGUAUCAGGCUGCAUCCUUCCAAGAGUCACUACGGGAAGAAAAUGAAAAAAAAGGCCAAAAGGAACUUUCAGACUUUGAAAUGUCAACAUCAGCAAAAGUUAUAGGAAGACAUAAGGGUCCCUUCAAGCAAAUUAAAUUUGGGACGAAUAUUGAUGUUUCAGAUGAGAAAAAGUGGAAGUUUCAGCUACAGGAAUUGAGUAAGCUACCUGCAUUUGCCCGGGUAGUGUCUGCAGGGAACCUACUCAGCCAUGUGGGCCACACCAUCCUUGGCAUGAACACUGUUCAACUCUUCAUGAAGGUUCCUGGAUGUAGAACACCUGGUCAUCAAGAACAUAACAAUUUCUGCUCUGUCAACAUCAACAUUGGGCCAGGUGACUGUGAGUGGUUUGCAGUGCCUGAGCCAUACUGGGGGGUAAUGAGUGAGUUCUGUGAAAAAAACAACGUCAACUUUCUGAUGGGUUCAUGGUGGCCGAACCUGGAAGAUAUGUAUGAGGCCAAUGUUCCUGUGUACCGGUUUAUCCAGCGCCCUGGAGACCUGGUUUGGCUCAACACAGGAACAGUGCAUUGGGUUCAGGCCAUUGGCUGGUGUAAUAACAUCUCCUGGAAUGUGGGCCCUCUGACUGCACAUCAGUACAAACUGGCUGUCGAAAGGUAUGAGUGGAACAAACUCCAGACUGUCAAAUCAGCAGUUCCUAUGGUGCAUCUCUCCUGGAACAUGGCAAGGAACAUCAAAGUGUCUGACCAUAAGCUCUUUGAGAUGAUCAAGUUCUGUUUGCUGCGGACACUCAGACAGUGUCAGAAGGUAAAGGAGGUGCUGAUAACAGCAGGAAAGGAAACCAUAUGGCAUGGAAGAACUAGGGAGGAGCCUGCAAGCUAUUGCAAAAUCUGUGAGGUGGAGGUUUUCAAUCUUCUCUUUGUCACGAGUGAGAGCUACUCCAAAAAGAGAUUUGUGGUUCACUGCCAGGACUGUGCAAGCAAAGGCAGCUGUGACCUGGAUGGUUUUGUAGUGCUAGAACAGUACAGGAUGGAAGACCUCAUGCAGGUGUAUGACCAGUUUUCAAUAGCUCCUCCUUUGCAUUCAUCUUCAUCUUGACAUUAAGACCCUGUAGUCUUAUAAAAAUGGACCAUUUCUGAUAUUCAGGAAGGCUGUGCGGUGCACAGCUCCUAUCCAUAGUGACUGCCCAGGGCUGCCCACUGAAGCAGUGAAGCAGCCGUUUGUGUCUAUGCAACAUGUUGCUAAAGUGCAGCACAUCAUGUUGGCCUACAGGGGGCAGUAGUGGAUGCACAUUCUCACAGGACUGCUCCCUGCCAUAUGGCUCGGCUCUGCUUCUCCAGUGAAGUUAAAGACUGGGGAGAUAUUAUGGUGAAAAUAUUUUGUAUAUAUUGUCUGAAUAAAUGGCAUAGUCACAUAAAAGACUACUGACUUGAGACGGCCUUUCCCUUUUUUCCAGUUUUUUAAUUAAUGAGCUGAUGCACAAUCCUUUUUUUCUUUGUGUCUAAAAGGUUGUCCCUUAUAUGAGGGCAUUAGCCUAGCUGUUCUUUUGUAUGAUAGCAAUUUUACCACCACUUUGGAUAACAAAUGUUCAGAAAUUUAAAAAAAAAAAAAAAAGAAUUUGUAAAUGUGAACGUAAAAAAAAUGAAGAAAAUAGAUAACAGCCAAGUCACAAAGAAAAUGGAUUGCACAUGGACUAAAUAAAUUUUAAAUUGUGACCCUCCCACCCUAACCUGUGUUUCUAAUGUUGAUGUGCAUUUUUGCUAUUUAUAAAUGGAUAUUUAUUGCUUGAAGUUAUUUGUUCAUGGAAUGCUGUUAUAUUUUCCCAGAGUACCUGCCAUUAAAUUUGAAGGAGUUUUGUCAUUUAAACACUACUCCUGCAUUUUUAUAUAAAAAUAAAACUGCAUAUUGUAAAUCACUGUACAGAAACCAUUAAAUUGCUUAAUUGUU